AUGUCUACUGCCGACUAUGUCCAUCAAAGCUCGACCAAUACAACCAGCGCUCUCUCAAACCGGCCUUCCGCUAACAACUCAACCACUACUCUGAUCAAACGACACAAAAUCAGCAGUGGAUAUAUGCGCGAUGCAAUCAUCGGCCUUGCAGAUGGCCUCACUGUACCAUUUGCCCUGACGGCUGGACUGUCUUCAAUCGGCUCCUCAAAGCUGGUUAUUAUCGGGGGUCUUGCUGAACUAUUUGCUGGCUCUAUCAGCAUGGGGCUCGGAGCGUACUUGGCCACCUCGACGGAGAGAAAGCAUUAUGAGAUCGAGCUUGACCGCGAACGUCGCCAGGUUACCAUGUCGGCCGAUCAAGAAGAAGAGAUUAUGGUAAAGAUAUUUGAGGGCUACGGUAUUGGUAGAGAUGAGCUCCGACCGCUGGCGCGGCGACUGAGAAGUGACGCAGAUGCAUGGAUUCAGUUUAUGAUGGAUUUUGAGCUUCGACUGGAACGACCAGGACAAUUAAAGCCGUGGCUAUCCGCGAUGGUCAUGGGCCUUGCCUAUUUUCUCGGAGGCCUUAUUCCGAUGAUUCCGUACUUCGCCCUCGCGGUCAAGGCCGCGCUCUUCGUCUCCAUUGGGGUCACUGCUGCUAUGCUCACUCUAUUCGGGUUUUUCAAGGCUACGAGCAUGGGGCUGGCUCGCCGUGCAGCCGCUUUCAGUUCUGCCGAGACAUUGUUGAUUGGGGGUUUGGCGGCUGCGGCGAGUUACGGUAUUGUCAAAGGCGUCAAUUCUGCUAUCCAAGUUCACCCUGGAGUCUGA